GUGAAUUAUGGAAAAGUCUGUAAUGAAAGUAGAAAAGGACUCAAAUUCACCAUCUCUUGUGGCUGUAAUCCAGAGUUUGCCUUUGUACCCUAUGGUAGUACCAUUGCUGUUUAUACAAUUUUCACAGGAGAACUGAUAACUAUGCUUAGAGGGCAUUACAGUACUGUCGACUGCUGUGUAUUUCAACCUAAUUUUCAGGAACUUUAUAGUGGUAGCAAAGAUUGCAAUAUCCUUGCAUGGAUACCAGCUCUUCGAGAGCCAGUUCCUGAUGACAUUUCUGAAAAGUCUCUGCCUCAACAGCAUUUAAAUCCAGCAUAUGAAGACGCAUGGAGCAGCAGUGAUGAUGAAGGCUGAAUUUCAAUUAUGUGCUGAUACAAAAUUGACAUUCAGGCACUGCAUUCAUGGACUUUAUCUACAGAAUUGGAUAUUGUCAGAUUUAUUAUGACUGGAUUUUUGGUACAGUUCUGUUAGAGCAAGGUCUUUCAGAAAUAAGUUUCCACUGUUAUCUGUGUUCUUACUUCACUGUUACAGUUAAACCUAAAGGAUUACUUUUUCAUACUUACUGACUUUUAUACUUACCCUUAUGCAUUGGUAUGCUUUAUUCAGUGUUGAACAGCUAAUAACGGAAAAAUAAAAGCCCUUGGGACCAGU